AUGACUGAGCGUAGCAGGCAGGAGCAUAUUCUUGUAUUCUUGUCAGUGGUGCUUGAGCCAUCUCCACCGCUUAGAUCGAUGCUGGUACCGCAGCUCAGCGAGUAUAUAAAAUCAGGCAGCAGCAGCUACUUAGAAUGCUUAGAUGCGGCCAGUAAUAUCGUAAACACAUGGAAUUCCGCUGAAAAGGCGCUAUUCGUCAAUUCACAUCCCCGCAUCGGACAAGUCUCCGGGCUGAGUUCGCUAAGCGCUGCAGAGCAAGCGGCUCAGAAGACGCCUGAGAAUGUUCUACAAAGACUGAACACACUCAACAACGCAUACGAGAACAAGUUCCCCAAGCUUAGAUUCAUCACUUUCGUAAAUGGCCGCACUCGCGCUGAGAUUGUCCCAGAAAUCGAGCACUUGCUGACUCUCACAAACGGCACGCAGGAAUUUGGAACCGAACGCUGGAAUACGGAACUGCAGCGCGAUCUAGAUGCUAUCUGGCUUAUAGCUAAAGCUCGCACGGAAGCUGCUAAUCUGAGGUAG